AAAUGACAAUUGACGAGCCACAAAACGAUUUACAAGCGACGACAGUAAUUAAACGAAAUCAAUUACAAAUAAAUCCAAGUAGCGAUUCGAUGGACAACGGCAACAUUGAUAAAUCGAAUAACAGUGGCCAGCACCAAAAACAGAACGAUGCCACCAUAUCUUUUCUACGCGCCGCACGCAGCGGCGAUCUGGGUAAAGUGUUGGAAUUCAUAGAUGCUGGCUUAAUAACGGAUAUUAACACUUGCAAUGCGAAUGGUUUAAAUGCGCUACAUUUGGCGGCCAAGGAUGGUUUUGUGGACAUAUGCAAUGAGCUACUCAAGCGUGGCAUUAAAGUAGACAGUGCCACCAAAAAGGGCAACACAGCGUUGCACAUUGCAUCGUUGGCAGGACAACAACAAGUGAUAAAGCAAUUAAUACAACACAAUGCCAAUGUAAAUGUGCAAUCCUUGAAUGGUUUUACGCCACUUUACAUGGCAGCACAGGAAAAUCAUGAUGCCUGUUGUCGCCUGCUACUAGGAAAAGGAGCAAAUCCUUCGCUUGCCACAGAAGAUGGUUUUACGCCGCUAGCUGUGGCAAUGCAACAAGGACACGAUAAAGUUGUCGCUGUGCUGCUCGAGAGCGAUGUGCGCGGCAAGGUUCGGUUGCCUGCUCUCCAUAUUGCCGCCAAAAAGAAUGAUGUAAAUGCUGCGCUGCUUUUGUUGCAACACGAUCAAAAUGCUGACAUUGUUUCUAAAUCCGGUUUUACGCCGUUGCACAUAGCUGCCCACUAUGGCAAUGUGGAUAUAGCCGGACUACUCUUGGAGCGUGGUGCAGAUGUUAAUUAUACAGCCAAGCAUAAUAUAACGCCGCUGCAUGUGGCAUGCAAAUGGGGCAAGGCGGCGGUCUGUUUGUUGCUGCUUGAGCGAAAGGCGCGCAUCGAUGCCACCACGAGGGAUGGUUUGACUCCUCUCCAUUGUGCCUCUCGCUCGGGGCAUGUGGAGGUGAUACAGCUGCUGCUCUCGCAACACGCCCCAAUUCUGUCGAAGACCAAGAAUGGACUCUCGGCGUUGCACAUGUCCGCCCAGGGGGAACACGAUGAAGCUGCUCGUCUGCUACUCGAUCAUAAAGCUCCUGUGGAUGAGGUCACUGUCGAUUAUUUAACUGCUCUGCAUGUGGCUGCCCAUUGUGGUCAUGUGCGUGUCGCCAAGUUACUUCUCGAUUAUGGCGCCAAUCCCAAUUCGAGGGCUUUAAAUGGUUUUACCCCGUUGCACAUUGCCUGCAAGAAGAAUCGUAUUAAAGUCGCCGAAUUGUUGUUGAAACAUGGUGCUAAUAUUGGCGCCACUACGGAAUCGGGGCUGACGCCGCUGCAUGUCGCCAGUUUUAUGGGUUGCAUGAACAUAGUGAUUUAUUUGCUGCAGCACGAUGCGAGUCCCGACGCGCCCACAGUGCGUGGCGAGACACCACUCCACCUGGCAGCGCGUGCCAAUCAGACGGAUAUCAUACGCAUUCUCCUCAGGAAUGGGGCACAAGUGGAUGCCAUUGCUCGGGAGGGACAAACUCCGUUGCAUGUUGCCGCCCGGCUGGGCAACAUUGACAUCAUUAUGCUAAUGUUGCAACAUGGGGCACAAGUGGAUGCCGCCACAAAGGAUAUGUAUACAGCUUUGCACAUAGCCGUCAAGGAGGGCCAGGAAGAAGUGUGCCAGCAGCUGAUCGAUCAAGGCGCCCAGCUGGAUGCAGUGACCAAUAAGGGAUUUACCCCCUUGCACCUCGCCAGUAAAUAUGGCAAGGUCAAAGUGGCAAAUCUGCUGCUCCAAAAGGGUGCCACCAUCGAUUGUCAGGGCAAAAAUGAGGUUACCCCGUUGCACGUGGCAACCCAUUACGAUCAUCAGCCGGUUGUACAAUUGCUACUGGAGCGUGGCGCCUCCACACAAAUUGCGGCACGCAAUGGCCACACUUCCCUCCACAUUGCGGCCAAGAAAAAUAAUCUAGAGAUUGCACAGGAGCUGUUGCAACAUGGUGCGGAAGUUGCUGCCACAAGUAAAUCGGGUUUUGCGCCGCUGCAUUUGGCUGCCCAGGAAGGGCAUGUGGAAAUGGUUCAACUGCUGCUGGAGCAAGGAGCUAAUGCAAAUGUUGCUGCCAAGAAUGGACUGACUCCUCUCCACUUGGCUGCCCAAGAGGGAAGAGUUGUGGUUUCCCGUUUGCUCCUCGAUCAUGGCGCCAAUAUUUCCGAGCGCACCAAGGCUGGUUAUUCUCCGCUUCACAUUGCAGCGCACCACAAUCAAAUCGAUGAAAUUAAAUUCCUUUUGGAGAACGAUGCCAAAAUUGAGUUAACCACAAAUGUGGGCUACACCCCACUCCAUCAGGCUGCCCAACAGGGUCACACCAUGGUCAUCAGCCUUCUGCUGAGACACAAAGCAAAUCCAGAUGCGGUCACAAAUAAUGGACAAACGGCAUUGAAUAUUGCGCAUAACUUGGGCUACGUAACCGCCGUGGAAACGCUGAAGGUCGUCACACAAACAUCGGUUAUAAAUACGACGACGGGCUUUAUCGAAGAGAAAUAUAAAGUUGUUGCACCCGAAUUUAUGCACGAAACUUUACUUUCGGAUUCAGAGGACGAGGGCUGUGACGAUCUGUUGGAUCAUCAGAAUCAAUAUAAAUAUAUGGCAACGGAUGAUCUGAAAACAACCCAUGACGAUGAACAUGAUCAUCAAAAUUUCGAUACAACCAAUCCCGAACACGAACAAAUCGAGCGUGCUAUCGAAAGAGAAAUGAUUCGCACAACGGAAGCGACGAAUUUGAGUGCUUCGCCAAUGGAACGACAAACGGAUAAUGUUGUCAUUGUGCGACCGCCUGUGCAUUUGGGCUUCCUUGUCUCAUUUUUGGUCGAUGCACGGGGUGGUUCGAUGCGUGGCUGUCGCCACAGCGGUGUAAGGAUAAUUGUGCCGCCAAAGGCUUGCGCGGAGCCAACGAGGAUCACCUGUCGCUAUGUGAAGCCACAAAGAGUAGCAAAUCCGCCGCCACUGAUGGAGGGCGAGGCACUCGUCAGUCGCAUACUCGAAAUGUCACCUGUGGAAGGCAAGUUCUUGAGCCCCAUUGUGCUGGAGGUACCACAUUUCGGAGCAUUGCGUGAACGCGAGCGUGAGAUAAUCAUACUCCGCUCGGACAAUGGAGAAAGUUGGCGCGAACACAGCGUCUACGAAAACGAGGAGCAUCUCCUGGAAACGCUGAACGAAACGAUCGAUGGGGAACUAAAUCCUCUCGAGGAUUUGCACACCAGUCGCAUAAUACGCAUUGUGACUCAAAAUGUGCCCCAUUUCUUUGCUGUUGUCUCACGGGUGCGGCAAGAGGUACACGCUAUUGGCCCUGACGGGGGCACUGUGGCAUCAAGUGCUGUGCCCCAUGUGCAGGCCAUCUUUCCGCCCCAUGCGCUGACCAAGAAGAUUCGCGUCGGCUUACAGGCGCAGCCAGUGGAUCUGAUCGGUUGCUCCAAGCUGCUUGGACAGGGCGUAGCCGUCUCUCCGGUGGUAACCGUGGAGCCGCGUCGCCGUAAAUUCCACAAGGCAAUCACAUUGAGCAUGCCGGCACCCAAAAGUUGCAAUCAGGGCAUGGUCAAUGCUCAGUACAAUGGAAAUGCGCCAACUUUGAGAUUGCUUUGCUCCAUAACUGGUGGCCAAAAUCGCGCCAUUUGGGAAGAUGUCACCGGUUCGACGCCCCUCGCCUUUGUCAAGGAUAGCGUCAGUUUUACGACGACAGUUUCCGCUCGGUUUUGGCUCAUGGAUUGCCGUAAUGUGGGCGAUGCCAGCCGGAUGGCUGCCGAUCUUUAUUCGUACAUGGCUCAAGUGCCUUUUAUCGUAAAAUUUGUCAUCUUUGCCAAACGCAUUUCUUUAACGGAGGCCAAAUUGUCCAUCUUUUGUAUGACCGAUGACAAGGAAGAGAAAACGUUGGAGCAACAGGCGUCCUUUACGGAGAUCGCCAAGAGUCGCGAUGUGGAACUGUUGCAGAAUCAGCAAAUUUAUUUGGAAUUUGCUGGGAACUUGGUGCCCGUCUUAAAAUCCGGUGAUCAAUUGAAUAUCAAAUUUCAAGCUUUUCGCGAGAAUCGCUUAUCGUGCAUUGUCCAUCUCAAGGAUGCGGAGCAGACCCAGGCACGCAUCUCUUUCAUGGCACAGCCAAAGGUGGAACCGGGCCAGGCUCCGCUACAACCGAUCUGCGCUUUAAAUCUUUGCCUGGAUCAGUUGGAGGAGCAGGAGCAGGGUUUCAAUGGAAACCUCAGCAAUGGUCAUGGCCUCAACUAUAAAGAUUUAAUUAAUGCCGAGAUUAAGGCCAGCAAUCAGGAGAAGCUGUCCAUACAACGUGCCGAUAUACGUCUCUCGGAUAUAUCCAAUCUGUUAUCUGAAGAUUGGCCUAGGCUUGCCCAUGAGCUGGGUGUUACCAGCAGCGACAUUGAUUUGGUCAAAGCGGAGUAUGUCGAUCAGCCACAGGCACAGCAGAGUCUCGUCAUGCUGCGCCUCUGGCUGGAGCAGCAAGGAAACGGCGCAACUGGCAAUGCUAUGUCGCAGGCUCUAUCCAAAAUUGGACGCGAUGAUAUCGUCGAGCAGUGUAUUUAUAAUCUUGAACUGGUCACCGAUAAAUUAGAACGUGGUCUAGCUAAUGUUCGAAUGCGAUCGGCGCCACCAGCUUCGACUCCUAUUCUAACUGAUGGCCUCAACGAAACCCUCAAUAUUGAACAACUUUGCGAAAGUAAGCAAAAUAAUGUUCUACUCUGCUCGACGCCGCCAACAACGCCCAUUGAGCUGCAGGAUUCUCAAUAUCAAAUCAAUUUUCAGCGAAGCGCUGACAAUUCAAUAAUUAAACCGAUUGAAGUGGAGGGUGCUCUGCCCGCUUCCUCGGAAGACAUGCUGCUGAAGUCCCUGGUGGACAAAUGCGCCAUAAUAGAACCCCCGAAUUCAAAAUGGACUGGCGUUAAUCCAGCAAAUGAUUUGUUACAAAGUGAAAUUGAAGAAUCGCAUAUCAAAACCAUAACGAAGCUUUCUCCCCCAUCCGAUAUCGAAUGCAAUAUGUCCAAGCCGACAACAACAAUAACCGAUUGACCAAUCGAUAACUUUUAAAAUUUUGCAUGUGUGUGUGUUUGUGUUUAGCUCUGUGUAUCGCCUAUAUUUAUUCUUGUGUAUUGUAUGUAUUUUAAAUUUAUUAUUUUCAAAAGCACUCUUCAAUCCAUUGCAAAUGUAUUAAACGGUCGAGUAUCUAUUUUAUAUAUAUUAUCAAGAACUACAUUUAAUCCAUGUGAUAAGCGGUCAGAACAAAAGCAACAAAAAAGAAAUAAUUCUGUUAUCGUUUAUUGAGUCAUUUUGAUUUUCAAUACUAUUUUUUUUCCUUAUUUAACUAAGAUUUGUCUCCCAGUAAAAAUAAAAUAUUUUCAAUAUAUGUACCAUCGAGCGUAUUUAAAACAUAUACUGGGAAUUCCUUGAAUUCAUUAUCAUCAUAAGUCGAAAAACGUAAUAUUGUAUUUGCAAAAAUAAAUUGUUGAACUAUAA